GAGGCUCGGUAGGCGGCGGAUGCGAGCGCUGGCGCAGCUGCGGCGGUGGCAGCGGCCGAGGUGGCGGCGGCGGCGGCGCGGGCGGCUGCGACCCCCCACCCCCGCGAUCGGGGCUUUUGGCGGCGGGCUGGGCUGCGCGGUGCGGACCCCGGCGCCGUCCGGGCUGCAGGGGCGGCGCGUCCCCAGAGAUGCCUGUGAUGGGGGCGUGGCUGAGAAGCCCCUCUAGGCCAGCGACGGUGGAAGGAAGCUCCGCACAGAGACUAUUUAAAGCCCUGGACAUCACCUCCUGAGGUCCGAGGAGGAGCAGAACAUGGCCACGAGCCUGGAUGACGACGUGCCCCUCAUCCUGACCGUGGACGAGGUGGGCGGCGCCCCAGUGGCUCCCUGCAAUGGCCAGGAGGAGCUGCCUAGCCGAAAUGGCAGCACCUGUGCCGGCCACAACUCCAGGACCCCCAGCCUGAGCUCGGGGGGUGACAGUUCCCCCCUGAGCCCCACGGGACACAGCUGGGAGAUGAGGUACCAAGAGGCGGCCAUCUACCUCCAGGAGGGCGAGAAUAACGACAAGUUCGUCACGCACCCCGACAGUGCCAAGGCGCUGGCCGCCUACCUCUUCGUGCACAACCACCACUUCUACCUGAUGGAGCUCGCCACGGCCCUGCUGCUCCUGCUGCUCUCACUGUGCGAGGCGCCCGCCGUGCCCGCGCUGCGCCUGGGCAUCUACGUCCACACCACGCUGGAGCUGCUGGCCCUGACGGUGGUGGUUUUCGAACUCUGCAUGAAGCUGCGCUGGCUGGGCCUGCACACCUUCAUCCGGCACAAGCGCACCAUGGUCAAGACCUCCGUGCUGGCCGUGCAGUUCCUCGAGGCCAUCGUGGUACUGGUCCGCCAGACGUCCCACAUGCGGGUGACCCGGGCCCUGCGCUGCAUCUUCCUGGUGGACUGUCGGUACUGCGGCGGCGUGCGGCGAAACCUGCGGCAGAUCUUCCAGUCCCUGCCGCCCUUCAUGGACAUCCUCCUGCUGCUCUGCUUCUUCAUGAUCAUCUUCGCCAUCCUCGGUUUCUACCUGUUCUCCCCUAACCCGUCCGACCCGUACUUCAGCAGCCUGGAGAACAGCAUCGUCAGCCUGUUCGUCCUGCUGACCACGGCCAACUUCCCAGACGUGAUGAUGCCGUCGUACGCCCGGAACCCGUGGUCCUGCGUCUUCUUCAUCGUGUACCUCUCCCUCGAGCUGUACUUCAUCAUGAACCUGCUUCUGGCCGUGGUGUUCGACACCUUCAACGACAUCGAGAAGCGCAAGUUUAAGGCCCUGCUGCUGCAUAAGCGCACGGCCAUCCAGCACGCCUUCCGGCUGCUCGGCCGCCAGCAGAAGCCCGGCGGCAUCUCCUACAGGCAGGUCGAUGGGCUGCUGCGCUUUUACAAGCCCCGCAUGUGCGCCUGGGAGCGCUACCUGACCUUCAAGGCCCUGAACCAGAGCGGCACGGCCGCGCUCAGCCUGAAGGACUUCUACGACAUCUAUGAAGUGGCCGCCUUGAAGUGGAAGGCCAAGAAGAACCGAGAGCACUGGUUUGACGAGCUGCCCCGGACCGCCUUCCUCAUCUUCAAAGGCAUCAACAUCCUCGUGAAGUCCAAGGCCUUCCGGUAUUUCAUGUACCUGGUGGUGGCGGUGAACGGCGUCUGGAUCCUCCUGGAGACGUUCAUGCUGAAAGGCGGGAACUUCUUCUCCCAGCACGUGCCCUGGAGCUACCUCGUCUUUCUCUCCAUCUACGGGGUGGAGCUGUUCCUCAAGGUGGCCGGCCUGGGCCCCGUGGAGUACCUGUCCUCCGGGUGGAACCUGUUCGACUUCUCCGUCACGGCCUUCGCCUUCCUGGGACUGCUGGCCGUGGCCUUCAACAUGGAGCCCUUUUACUUCAUCGUGGUCCUGCGUCCGCUCCAGCUGCUGAGGCUCUUCAAGCUGAAGAAGCGCUACCGGAACGUGCUGGACACCAUGUUUGAGCUGCUGCCUCGGAUGGCCAGCCUGGGCCUCACCCUGCUCAUCUUCUACUACUCCUUCGCCAUCGUGGGCAUGGAGUUCUUCUGCGGGAUCCUGUACCCCAACUGCUGCAACACCAGCACCGUGGCCGACGCCUACCGCUGGCUGAACCGCACGGAGGGCAACAGGACGGUGGUGGAGGAGGGGUACUAUUAUCUCAACAACUUCGACAACCUCCUCAACAGCUUCGUGACCUUGUUCGAGCUCACGGUGGUCAACAACUGGUACAUCAUCAUGGAGGGCGUCACCUCUCAGACCUCCCACUGGAGCCGCCUGUACUUCAUGACCUUCUACAUCGUGACCAUGGUGGUGAUGACCAUCAUAGUCGCCUUCAUCCUUGAGGCCUUUGUCUUCCGGAUGAACUACAGUCGCAAGAACCAGGACUCAGAAGUGGACAGCGGCAUCACGCUGGAGAAGGAGCUGUCCAAAGACGAGCUGCUGGCCGCCCUGGGGCUGCUCCGGGAGACGCGGGCGGCCUCGUCGGACGUGGCGCGCCUGCUCCGGCUGCUCUCCCAGAUGGAGAGGCAGCAGCAAAACACCGUGGUGUUCCUGGGGCGGAGAUCCAGGACCAAGAGCGACCUGAGCCUCAAGAUGUACCAGGAGGAGAUCCAGGAGUGGUACGAGGAGCACGCCCGGCAGCAGGAGGAGGAGCAGCGCCUGCUCGGCGGGGGGCCCGCCGCCCCCCAGCCGCCCCCGGGCCGCCCGCGCGCCAGGACCGUCACCUGAGGAGCGCGCCUGCGCCUGCGCCUGCGGCACCUCUGCGCGGAGAUGCGCGUCCGGGGCCGCCCCGCCCUGGGCCCACCCCGACCCGGACAGACGCUGGGGGUCUGCGGGGACCCCGCCGGCCAGCCUCGCUGUUCAGCCGGGCUGUUCAGCUCUUGCUUUAGGGACAAAACCACUGCGGAGGGGGGUCCCCGCCUGCACCCGCCGGGCCUUCCCCCCCGCAUCGCUCAGCUCAUCAGUCCACCUUGGCGACGGGAGGGUGCGGCCUGCGGGGGGCAGGGGGGCGGGGAUGGGGGGGGAGGCUGCAUCCCUGGCCUCGGUCGAGGGGUCGGGGUGCCCUCAGUCGGCCCGAGGGUGGAGGGGGCCGCUGCAGCCCCCCCAGCUGUGUGGAGGGACCCCCGCCCAGCCACCACCUCUCCCCGCAGCGCAAGGCAGACCCCAGGGGCACGCGCCCGGCUCCCAAGUCCCACCCAGAGCCGCCUGGGGUUCUUGUCAAAGCACAGCUCUCUGGGGAAACUGAGGCAAAGAGAACCACUGAGAUUCCCAGGGGGACUCGGGGGCCGGGGGCAGUGCUCCUGGCCGGGGGGGCUGUGCUCCGGGCCCCUCCGCUCCCCACACGGAGCGUCACAUUUUGCACACUCAGUGCCUUUUUUUAGCUUUUGUGCGGUGAAACGGGCAUUUUGGAAGCAGGCGGCGUGCUGGCCCCGGACGGAGCAGCUCUGGGCACUGGGGGUGGGGGGCACCGGGCCCCCGUGGGUGCAGGCAGGAGCGGGGCAGGCUCCGCCCCGGUUCCGAUGGGGACUGGAGGGUCCGGGGGUUGCCACGCACCGGCUGGCGCACCCACUCACCGCCCGCCCCCACUCGCCUCCCAGGAGUCUCGGCCAGGGGCCGGCCCUGCCCCACCCGCUCCAGGGGCCCUCCCGGCCCCCCAGGCCCCCUGCUUCCCCCACCCCAGCCUUACUCCUCGGCACGCGACUAUCAUUUUGUAUCGGGUGGCAUCUCGGUUUGUACGUGGGCGAUUUGUUACCCAGGAGACCCAGUGUCCUUGCGACUGGGGCCAAUAAAGGAGCCUCCGCUUUGUA